AUGCUUUCAACACAGCAGCAUAUUUACAGUGCUUUGCUACUGAUCUCCAUCAUCUUUUUCAAUAUUUUGCUGUCAGUUCUCGUAGCAACCGGUCAUAUCCAGAAAGAGGUUUUCACGUUUUAUAUUAUCAUUUUGAACGCGGCUGCCUACUUCAUCUAUUAUGUCUCCAUGAAGAUUGCUCAUGCCGAGAAGAUACCCAAUCAUGCUUUGGUGUAUGGGGUAACCUCUAUUCUGUUUUGGUUCGCUGCAAUCUACUUUUUCGAGAAAGGCGUUAAUGAUUGGACGAGUGUUAUGAGCAGUUUGCGAAAUCUGAUUUUCGCAUCACUUCUUUUGGUUACGCUGAGCAUUCCUAGCUGCGUCGAUGGAGAAUUCAGUUCAGUAACGGAAAUAAAUGUGCGUACUGUUUUUGCUAAGACGGCAGCGCAGAACAGAGCAUCAGCAGCAGAAUGCGUAUUGUUCGGUUAUUAUGACUUUCAUGAUGUUUGGCAUUUACUGUCAUCGUUGGCGUCAUUUUUCUCAUUGUUAACUGUUACCUCACUUGAUGACGACAUUCUCAUUUCCAGGCCUUUUUCACAGGAGAUUACGUCUUUUUAA